CUUAAGAAGUACGGCUUCCUUGCAAGCUCCCCCGCCAUCCUCAAAAACAUAACCCCCCCUAAAGUCGAUCAGUCGGUGACGAUUUCCACACGUCGAAAAGUUUACAGCCCACUACCCAUCCCUCUCUCCGGUACGCCUUCAUCUUUCCCGCGCACUUGCCGACGUUGAUUUCCGCUUUCACUUCGACAAAUCUCUCCAUCUGUUCGGUUUCUUUUGCUUUGCGCCAGCUGCUAACGUCGCGAUCAGCCCCGCUUGUUUACAAUUCACUCGCACCGAACCGAUUCGUUCACCGAUCGCAAACAUGGCCGAAACCCAGACUCCUACCUUCAAGCUCGUCCUUGUCGGCGAUGGCGGUACCGGAAAGACCACCUUCGUCAAGCGUCACUUGACUGGUGAGUUCGAGAAGAAGUACAUGGCCACUCUUGGUGUCGAAGUCCACCCCCUCGGCUUCAGCACGAACUUUGGUCAGAUUCAGUUCGACGUCUGGGAUACCGCCGGCCAGGAGAAGUUCGGUGGUCUCCGUGAUGGUUACUACAUCAACGGCCAGUGCGGUAUCAUCAUGUUCGAUGUCACCUCCCGUAUCACCUACAAGAACGUCCCCAACUGGCACCGUGAUCUCGUUCGCGUUUGCGAGAACAUUCCCAUUGUUCUCUGCGGCAACAAGGUCGACGUGAAGGAGCGCAAGGUCAAGGCCAAGACCAUUACCUUCCACCGCAAGAAGAACCUCCAGUACUACGAUAUCUCUGCCAAGUCCAACUACAACUUCGAGAAGCCUUUCCUCUGGCUUGCACGCAAGCUUGUCGGCAACCCCGCCUUGGAAUUCGUUGCCGCACCGGCUCUCGCUCCCCCCACCGCCCAGGUCGACGAGAAGCUCCUCGAGCAGUACCGCCAGGAGAUGGCUGAGGCUUCCAACAUGCCUCUGCCCGGUGAACUUUCGGACGAUGACUUGUAAAUAUAGAGACGCGACAUGGACAUGAUCCCAACGCGGUGGAACGGUUGAAAGGACGUCGUGAACCGAUAUUCUCUGGCGCAGACCGGCUAUAGCUGGUCACGGUCAUUAUGAUAGAAGACGGCACGGCCGGUUCGGUAUGGUAGACUCGGAGCUGGGUGGAGGGUUUUACACUUGCUGGGAGACGACCAGCAUACUUUGAGUAGUUUGACGCCUUACAAGAUGAACACUGAGUCCUUACAUUUCCACCAAGGUGUCUCGGGUUCCGCUCGUCCUCUUCUCUACUUUGCGUGUGCGUACCUCGGCAGACAGCGCAAUGCAUUCAAUUAGAUAGCAAUUCAAUGAUUAGCUAGGCAUGAUCGGGCAGACAGACAGAUAUGAAGAGAGAGAGAGAGAGAGAGAGAGAGAGAGAGAGAGAGAGAGAGAGAGAGAGAGAGAGA